GUAGAAAACAGUAUAUAAGUCUACUUUUUUUCCUAUUUACUUAUCACCUUUCUCCUGUCCACUAGUCUCUCAACAGUUGAAUAUCCAUCUGAUCUUCAAACCAUACCAGCACCACUGUACUAUUAUAUACCACUGCAUCUAUUUCUCAAUUGUUAAUCGCUAUUUGUUAAUUUCCUAAAUUUUUUCUCUGUUUCUACUUCUUCAAAAUGUCUUUCAACACAAACCACUAUCCUUAUUCUUAUGAGUCCUCAGGAUCUCAAAUGAAAUUGGGAUCUCCAAUUCCUAGAUCAAUGUCACAAAGUUUCCAAAACCUCCAGACAAUUAACAACUCAACAGCUCAAUUUCAAUACCAACAUCAAAACCAACAGGUUCAACCACAAUUUUUCCAUCAUCACUCUCACAAUGUUCACACACACUCCCAAUCCCAGUCCUUUUCUUCAUCACAAUCACAACAGACUCAACAACAACAACAGCAACAACCACACCAAUUCCAAAAACCACAGCCAGUACAACUUCAAUAUCACCAAAACCAACAACCUCAUUUGCAAAUGCAACAGUUGCCCAACCAUACAAAUUUACAGCUUCAAAAGUUGGCCAACCCAUCCCAAUUACAAUUGCCAAGUUUACAUAACCCAACUCAAUUCAAUUACCACCAACGCUCUCAAUCUGUCCAAAAUUUACCAUCUUUAACUAUACCUUUGAAUUCCCCUCCACCAACUCUUGCGAGUAAUGGUUAUUCAAAGCCUCACCACGAACCACAGGUUGUUGGUUAUUCUAUUUACGAAGCCUUGAAUAAUGAUAGAAACAUGAUCUCUGAUAAGAUUACAAAGCCCAAAAAGGGUGGGUGUGUUUGUGCUUAUUGCGAUAAGAAAACCAAAACUUUUUUGGAAUUGGCCAUUCAUAACGAUUAUGAACAUAAAAAUGUCUUUAGAUAUUUAUGUACCUAUGAUGACUGUCCUUACAAAUACUUUGGUUUUAAGGAUAAGCAGGGCUUGGAUAAACAUAUCAAAAAUUUUCAUAAUUCUCCAUUGUUUUGGUGCACUUGUUGCAACAGAUCCUUUAAAAGAAAAGAUUUAUUAAAACGUCACUAUUCUGGAAGGAAACAUGAAGAACUUUAUGAUUCAGUGAUUUUAAAAAAGAGUUCAAUUGGUUACAUUCUUAACUAAUUCAU